AUGGCUGCUACUUCGUCGUCCCGACUCGAGGAUAUUGUUGAUCGGAUCCACUCGAUCCACAAACAUCAGUGGUGAGCUUCGAUUUGAAGAGUUACUGUGAUUUCUACGGUUCGGUUAGAAACUGGUUUUUUUUUCGCUUUCUGAACAUAAAUGAAGUUGCAGCAAGUUUUUUCCAGAAAAAUAUACAGCUUUUUGCGGAAUCUCACUCGCACUCUUGAGAAAUGCGAAACCACUGGCUCUGCGCUUAUAUUAGUGGCGAACAGCGUUCACUUAUUCCGCCAAUUGCGAAACUUGUAAGCUCAUGUGUUUUUUUUUUUUUGCCUAAGCCGACGGCUUCUCGUAUAAACGCUCUGCUAUUUGCGCCGUUUCGUGCUCUUCACUUCCGAAUUUCUCUCAUCUCUUUGAUUCUAAACUUUUUCGCGCUCAAGGCUCUUCAAUAACCAUGGACUGCAGGUGGAGCCUUUUGUAAGAGUUUUCAAAGUUUUCCCUAGUCCUCCUUUGAGGACCUGGACUAAAAUCUCCCUAGUUAAUACCGGGACUCUGGGUCAACUUUUGGCCUCAUCAUUCAUUUUCAAUUCAGUCAAAAGACUACUGUGAGGUCUGAAUUCGCCAAUAAGAAGAAUGAAAAUGAUUGGACCAGUGAUGACAAAGACACCGUAUUGUAGAAUAGCUGAGACCAAUUUUAACAUAACGUUGUUUAGUUAAUUCAAACAGUUCGAGCAAAGAUAAAUGAAACUUCGAAAUUGUUUUCAUGUGAUGCUGUGUUUCAGGAUGUCGAUGGACGAGCAGGAGCGGAAGAAACUUGAACGGAAAAGAGCACGAAACCGCCAAGCGGCCAGCAAGUGUCGUCAGAAGAAAAUGGAGCGUAUCAGCGAGCUUGAGCAACAGGUUUUAUUUUUUUUUUAUUCAAGGUUUUCUCGGAAUUCUCUAUAGAAAACCUUUUUAUUGGGUCUUUCAAAAGUUAUGUGCUGAAUGAAAAUAGAGCAGCGUAGCUGGCUGAGAUGAGUCAUUUUGUUUGCCGCGUCCCUUCUCGUGACUCACCUCCACGUCUUCUUUUGUACUCGUCAGCGCAUGUAUCAUCAACAUUCACUAGAGAUCUAGGUUCGAAAUUUUCGUCGGUUACCCAGAAGUUAUGAAGAUCUGUAGGCGAGAAAUCCUUCGUGGUGAUACGUUGACGUCGUCUAUUUGUCGAUCAUAUGUUUAGGCCAAAUAUUUAUUCUGCCGCAUGUGUUAAUGCGCUUUAUACGUGCUUAUUCUUAGCCUUUUAUGACUUUUGUUGAGGGAAUGUCCUAUCGAACGCUACGAAGCUUUGAACAAUUAAAUAGGGAAGGAUUCGAUUGAGACGCAGAUAAUCAGUAAACCAUUACCAAGCUUAAAUAAGGUUUCGAAAAAGUGAACCCAAAUAAGUUAGAUAGUCUAUAAGGAUAGCGAACUUCACAGCGAUUCAAAAAAAGGAUUGGAGAUGGAGAAAAUUGUGAAAAUGCCAUUAUUAUGCUUUUAUAAAUCGUUUCUAUAAUAUAUUGAUUUUCUUGCAACGUUAUAAGAUAGGAAUGAAAUGACCUUCCUUAUAUUCAUCAUUUCAAUAUUUCAGGGAGUUAUCUCCUAACUCAUAUCAGCAUUCUAACUCUUAAACAGCUAGAACUUUAUGAAUACUCUGACUCCAGGUGACAAACGAGAAGCAAAGAGCGGCGCGACUCGACAUUGAGCUGGAUCAGCUUCAGCGAGCACUGAACGACAUGCAGUCAUUGAUUGCGUCGCACUCGAAUCGCGGAUGUCAGUCGCCGCAUUCGCAACACCGCCAUUGA